GUGCCUGUCUAUGCACUGGAACUUGUCACCUACUUCUGGUAACAUCUCUUCUGCUAAGGAAGCUCAGCCUGCCCAACAGGGCUUUCGAAUUGGCCUCUGAAGGGGACUUUGAGCUGCAGGGAUAUGCCUUCGAGGCUGCAAAGGAGCAGCUGAGAGGACCUCGGACAGUGCGUGUGGGACUUGUGCAGAACAAAAUCCCCCUGCCCGCGGAUGCACCUGUGGCCAAACAGGUCUCUGCCCUUCACAGACGCAUAGAGGCCAUCGCAGAGGUGGCUGCAUUGUGCGGAGUCAAUAUCAUUUGUUUCCAGGAAGCAUGGACUAUGCCCUUUGCUUUCUGUACAAGAGAGAAGCUUCCGUGGACAGAAUUUGCUGAGUCAGCAGAGGACGGGCCCACCACCAGAUUCUGUCAGAAGCUGGCAAAGAAGCAUGACAUGGUGGUGGUGUCCCCGAUCCUGGAACGAGACGGAGAGCAUGGGGACGUUUUGUGGAACACAGCUGUAGUGAUCUCCAAUUCGGGAAAGGUCCUGGGCAAGACCAGGAAAAACCACAUCCCCAGAGUGGGUGAUUUCAAUGAGUCCACGUACUACAUGGAGGGAAAUCUGGGCCACCCUGUGUUCCAGACACAGUUUGGAAGGAUCGCAGUGAACAUUUGCUACGGGCGGCACCACCCCCUCAACUGGCUCAUGUACAGCGUCAAUGGGGCAGAGAUCAUCUUCAACCCAUCAGCCACCAUCGGAACACUCAGUGAGUCCAUGUGGCCAAUCGAGGCGAGGAACGCAGCCAUUGCCAAUCACUGCUUCACCUGCGCCAUCAACCGCGUGGGUGAGGAGUACUUCCCGAAUGAGUUUACCUCUGGAGAUGGGAAGAAAGCUCACCAGGACUUCGGCUACUUUUAUGGCUCCAGCUACGUGGCAGCCCCAGACAGCAGCCGCACUCCUGGGCUCUCCCGGAACCGGGAUGGGUUGCUGGUUGCUGAGCUCAACCUCAACCUCUGCCGGCAGGUGAAUGAUGUCUGGAACUUCAAGAUGACAGGCAGAUAUGAGAUGUAUGCACGGGAGCUCGCGGAAGCUGUCAAACCCAACUACAGCCCCAAUAUCGUGAAAGAGUAGCUGGCCUUCAGCCCUGCCCGCCAUGGAGGGCACCUCUGCCCACAGCAGAUCAGCAGGUGGACAGUUUUCCCUGAUGAUGUCUGAUAAUGUUGCUGUCCAGAUUGAUUUUUAAACACUCAGAUGGUGAGGGCAGAAUGAGGAGUGACUGCUCAGUGGGUACAAGGGUUCCUUGUGGGGUGAUGAAAAUGUUUGGGGACUACACAGAGGUGAUGGUUACAAAAUUGUAAAUGUACUAAAUGCCACUGAAUUGUGUACUUUAAAAUGGUUAAUUUUAUGUUACUUGACUUUCGCUUCCAUUUAAGAAAACCCCAGGCACUGAUUGUGAAAGUUGAUUUGAAGUUAGGCUCCGGGGGUGCCCCAGUCCUGAAGUUCCAUUUAGACUGUCAGCAACCGUGGGAUAACCGUAGGAGUGUGUGCCAGUCGGAGAGGGUGAGGCAGACUCACUGGGUGGCCAUGGGCAGGUUGAAGGAUGUGUCAACUUGGUUAGGCUGCAUUCUCCAGUUAUUCAAUCAGACAUCAAUCUGGGUGUUGCUGGGAAGGUAUUUUGUAGAUGUGAUUAAAGUUAACUAAGCAAGUGAGAUUAUCCUGGAUAAUCCUGGUAGGCCUAAUCCAAUCAGCCAAAAGGCCCUAUGAACAGAGCUGAGGCUUCCCCAAGGAGAAAAUUCGGCCUGUGGACAGCAGCUUCGGCCUGUGCCUGAGAGUUCCAGAGUAUGCCCUUCCUGGCAGCCUGCUCUACAGAUUUCAGACUUGUCUAUCCAGCCUCCAUAAUCAUUGAAGUCACU